CAUUUCAAACUUUUCAAUUCAAAGCUUCAAAGUCCUUUGCCUUACAAGACAUCUUCCUUCAAGAACUCUUGCCCUCUCUCUGUCUCUUCCUCAACAGGAUUAUUGUGAAGAGAUUGGUGUAGAGAAAAACAUGGCAAUCAAAGCUCCUCAAAAGGCAUUUGAUGUAAGAAAAGAGGUUGGAGAGAUAGAUACGAGUGCGCCUUUUCAGUCUGUCCGAGCUGCUGUCAAUUUAUUCGGGGAGGUUGCAUUUUCAGCGGCGAGAACGUUUUCGCCGAAAACAAAGCCUCUCCUUGCAGAGAGGAGUUUGGGAAGUGAGACAGAGCUUCAGUUGGCACAAAAUGAGUUGAACAAGUACAAGGAACGUCUGAGAAAAUCGGAAACAACUCGAGGGCAAGCACUCACUGAACUAGAUUUGACUAAAAGAACAGUUGAGGAUCUAAACCAGAAACUCAACAGUAUAAAUAAAUCCAAAGAGUUGACAAAGACUCAAACUAAGCAACUCAAAGAAGUUGGUUCCGGUAAUCACAACGGCAAGAAUGAUGCUUGGAAACAUGAACUGGAUAACAUGACAAAACAAUAUGCAGUUGCCAUUGCGGAGCUUGAUGUUGCUAAACAAGAAUUAUCGAGAAUCAAGAAAGAUUUUGAUGCAUCCCUGGAAGCGAAAGUUGCAGCGAUUCAGCAAGAGGUGGAAGCUAAGGAGUUAUCAGAUGUUAACAAAGAUAAGGCAAGCCAAUUCUCCUGUGAAAUUGCAGCUACACAAGAAUCUCUCAAGCGAGCUAAGCUUGCUCUUCUACAGACACAGCAAGACGAAUCAAAAGUUCUUUCUGAGAAAAAUGGUAGCAGGCAGUCCUACCGACAUAAAUUAGAAGAGACGGAGAAGAAGCUCUCAGCUCUGAAGAAAGAGUUUGAUCCUCAAGUUUAUCUUAAUCUGCGGACAAGACUCAAUGAAGAACAUGCUGAGAUUGGUGCUGUUCAAAGGCAGAUAAAACAUGCCAAGGAUUCAGAAUUGGAGUCUGUCACUAAUGUGACAAAGGAGUUGGAUGAUGCUAAAGGGGUGUUGAAAAGAGUAGCAGAAGAGGACUUAUCACUUCGAAACUUAGUCGACUCCCUGAAGCUGGAACUAGAAGCUGUGAAGAAGGAGCAUGCAGAAGUGAAAGAGAAAGAUGCAGAAACUGAGUCUAUUGCCGCAGAACUUCAUGCCAAGCUUCAUUACGGCAAAUUGGAACUUGAGGCUGCCACAAUUAUGCAAUCAAAAGCAUCUUCAGCACAUGAUGACUUGAUGGCAACCUUAAAACAGCUCUCCACUGAAUCAGAAAAUGCGAGAAUGGAAGCAGAAGAAUUUACAAGCAAUGUUAGUGAGUUGAGAAGUGAAGCUGACACAUCCCGGGCUUUGCUGAAUGAAAUGGAGAAGAAAUUAGAAGUUGCUUUGAAGGAUGCAGAAGCAGCAAAAGAAGCCGAGGCGAAAGCAGCCAACCAGAUAAAGAUAUUAUCGGACAAAGCAAAUGUAGCUCGAUCAUCAACUUCAGAAUCUGGUUCUAGCAUUAGUAUCUCAAGGGAGGAGUACAACUCUUUGAGUCAAAAAGUGGAAGCUUGUGAGAAGGUGGCAGAAAUGAAAGUGGCUGCUGCCAUGGCUCAGGUGGAAGCUAUAAGAGCUAGUGAAAAUUCGGCAAUUAAGAAACUAGAGGCAGCUCGGAAGAAGAUGGAAGAGAUUGAGCUGGCCACGGGUGAGGCAUUGAGGAGAGCUGAAAUGGCAGAGGCUGCGAAGAAGAUGGUACAAGGGGAGUUGAGAAGGUGGCGCGAAAAGGAACAGAAAGCUGCUGAUACCGCUUCUAUUAUAUUAGUUGAGACACCAAUGCCUGCUGGGCCAUCAUCGUCGAGAAAGAAGACACAGAGGGCAAAAUCAAUGGGAGAUGCCAAAGAAAUACAAACUACUGAGAAGAACUCAAUGCCGAAAAAGAAGCUUAUUCCCAGUUUUAGCAGUUUACUCGGCAGAAAGAAGGGCCAGGUUGAUAAUGAAUUUGCAUCUUAUCUUCCUGGAGAAAAACAAGAGUGAUUUCCCAAGUUUGUUGUGUGCCUUGCAACCCUUCCUUUUUGAUCUUAAAGAACAUAUACAGGCUUUCAUUCUGUACAUUAAUAAGGGCCGGUUCUACUCUCAUCAUCCAUUGAGAA